UUGCCCCUCUACUCUCUAGUCAUUGUCAAAAUGGCGGACGGAGGCGUCGAUAUAGAUUUGUACGCUGACGAUAUAGAAUCGGAUUUUAAUAGACAGGACGAGUUUGGAGGUGAGAAUGUGGAUCUGUACGACGACGUAAUUUCUGCGCCUGCAUCGAAGCCAGAGGAAGGAGAUGGACCACCGAAUGCCCCGCCGUCGCAACAUCCUCCGGAGGAGACCAACGGCAACGCUCCUUAUCACAACAACUCGCAACAUCACGGGCAUCAUGGCGGCCGCCGGGCACAGCUUUACGUCGGAAAUCUCACUUGGUGGGCAACCGACCAAGAUAUAGCGAACGCGGUCGCUGAUGUGGGUGUGGCCGAUUUCCAAGAUGUCAAGUUCUUCGAAAACAGAUCCAAUGGCCAGUCCAAGGGGUUCUGUGUCAUUUCUCUGGGCUCUGAACAGUCUCUCCGGAUGGUCUUGGACCGUCUGCCCAAGAAAGAAAUUCAUGGACAACAUCCGGUUGUCACUCUGCCUACUAAACAGGCGUUGAACCAGUUUGAGAGUCAAUCUAAGACGAGGUCCACGCCACCCGGGCCCAACAACCCCGGCAUGCGCGGGCCUCCCCACCCAGGCGGUCCGCCCGGACCGCAUCCAGGAGAUUUCUUCGGCCCCGGCCCCAACGGCCCCGGUCCCAACGGGCCUCGCAUGAUGAUGCCAGGCGGCGGCGGCGGCCACCACCAGAUGCGCGGCCCCCCGCCCGGGCCUCCCCACCACAUGCAACAUCAAGGCCCGCCCCCGCACCAUAUGCAGCAUCAAGGCCCGCCGCCCCACCAGGGGCCGCCGCCACAUCGCCCACCAAUGCAGCAGGGUCCGCCGCCACACCACAUGCAGCACGACGGACAGGGACCGCCACACAGACCCCCAAUGCAGUUCCAAGGGCCGCCGCAGAUGCAGCGGCCGGGGCCGGGCGGGCCGCGGGGCCCGGGGCCGGAGUGGGGCCCGCGCGCGCACCACCUGCCGCCGCAGGGGCCCCCGCAGCAGUACGGGCCCCCGCAGCACCAGAUGCCGCAUCAGAUGCCGCCCCCGCACCAGGUAUGAACACCGGGGCCGGGCGGCAUGCCGCCGCACCACCAGAUGGGGCACGGCCCGGGCGGCCCCGGCCCUAGGCCGCCGCUGCCGCAGCACCCAGGUGUAGGCCCGGGUGCGCCGGCGCCGCACGUGAACCCCGCCUUCUUCAACCAGCAGCCGCAGCCCGCGCCCGGCCCGCAGCCGCCGCCGCAGCAGCAACCCCCAGGCCCCGGCGCGCCGUACGGGCACGGGCCGCACGCGGCGCCGGCGCAGGGCCCGCCGCCCGGCGCGCGCCCGCAGCCCUACGGCCGACCACCGCAGAGCUACCCGCCGAGCGCGGAGCCGGCGCGCGCGCCGCACCACGCGGCGCCGCUGGCCGCGCACGCGCCGCUGCACGCGCCGCUGCCCGCCAUCAGCGAGGCGGAGUUCGAGGAGGUCAUGUCCCGCAACCGCACCGUCUCCUCCAGCGCCAUCGCGCGCGCCGUCUCCGACGCCGCCGCCGGCGAGUACGCCUCCGCCAUCGAGACGCUCGUCACCGCCAUAUCGCUCAUCAAGCAGAGCAAGGUGGCCCACGACGACCGCUGCAAGAUCCUGAUCUCGUCGCUGCAAGACACGCUGCACGGCGUGGAAACCAAGUCGUACAGCAGCACGGAGCGGCGCCGCUCGCGGUCGCGCGAGCGCGAGGCGCGCGCGCACCACCGCGCGCCGCGCCGCCGCGAGCGCUCCGCCUCGCGCUACCGGGACCGCUCCAGGGACCGCGAGGAUCGCGACAGGUAUAGGGAAAGGUCGAGGGAGCGCGAUCGCGACCGUGAUGCGUACUACAGGGAUUAUCGCGAGCGCGAGCGUGACCGCUCCCGCUCUCGCGACCGCGAACGCGCCGACCAUUAUAACCGUGGACACAGCCGGGAAGAAAGGCCGCGCAAGUCGCCCGUGGAGGCGGCGGCGGAGGGCGGCGCGGGCGACGCGCCCGGCGGCAAGCGCAGCGCCGCCGCGCCCUACUACGACGAGCGCUACCGCGAGCGCCGCGACCGCGACCCGCCGCCCGCCGACCGCGACCGCGAGCGCGACCACCGCCGCGACGCGAGACACUAGCCACACAUACCGACACCGACACCGAGGACACUAAUCACGCCAGAUUUAUCGCAUCAUUAAGGGCCCAUUUAGACGAUGCGAGAACUCGCGUGCGAGUUUCAUUACAUUGCGUUAUUUGAUCGAUCGACUGAAUUGUUGUAACCUCGAUAGUCCGCAAUGUAACUGAAAUCGCGUGCGAGUUCGCGCGCCGUCUAAAUGAGCCCUAAGACAAGACAAGCGCGCUUACAAGUAUCGAGCUGUAGUGCAUUAUAAUUUAAUUACAUUUCAUUUAUAAUUGGCUGUAGAUUUUUUUACCGGCCCUUCUACAAAAAAAUCCACGAAAGUGAUUAGGAUUAUGACUCAUUUGCACAUGAUAAUUACUUUGUGGACAUGAAAUUAAUAGGCUUAGUUGUACAUGCGUGUCGCUCGUCCUGUCUGAACUUGGCUCUAAUAAAUGUUUUUAAUCAAUUACUAGUGAAGUGGCGCUUGGUCUUGUCUUUAUUGUGUUAUAAUCGUGACUAUUAGGCUAUCUAUUGACUUUGCCUCUAUCGUUGACGUAAAAAAAAUUAAAUAUUACGUAGAUGAGAUCGUGUCUGUCGCAAUUUAAAAACCGCGUACACGCGAGUACGGAUCAAUACAAUGCACUUGUCAAGUCUAAAGUUUGAUACAUGUUAAAUAUCGUUUUUAACCAACGUUUUUAAGGCCAACCUGUAUAUUUACUGAUUGUUUAACUAGAAUUUUCCAUGUCACACUGUGUUGUAUUUCUAGUGAACUCGGUUGUUUGACUACAUUGAAAAUAAAUGUAAUAACUAUGAAUAAGAUUACUGAGUUUUACUGUGACAUGUUGAAAAUUGAAUAACAACAGCGAUUCAAGUUGCAAAUCGCAAAGAAAGAUAGUUAUUGUCCUUCGUGAUCGUAACUAAUUGUAUAUUGACUAAAUAAAUUAUGUAGCCACAAAAUGUGUCGUGUAAAAACGCUGUUUUACCAUCUUUAUCACUAGAAUGACCACUGUAACAACCCCUGUAUUAAAUUUACUUUUGUAUUGGAACGACAUUCCAUAUUGGACUCCUGGGGUUUAGGAUUAUAGUAACUACGUGAGAAUUCACUGUUGAAGAGCUGAAUCUAUUUUCUUAUUGCACAUAUCGACGCUUAUCAUUAACAGUGGCACAACUCAAAAUGAAAUGCUAUUGCAUUUAAUAUUCUAUCUUUUACUGGUAAGAUUUAAAAUCGAAUGGCAUUUCAUUUUGU